GAAAUGAUCGUUUUGGGGUCUAGAUUUCUUUUGCGUAAUUUACUCAGCAUCUGAUGGCAAUUGAGUCACUUAGCUAGUAGUUCUACAAUAUAAAAGUUAUUGCUAACAUAGUUGUUACCUUAUGGCAGCCAGGGAGAUCCGAUCCAAUCCGUAAUUCAAACUGUUUUGGUUAAGCUAAAUGUCAGAUUUAAAAAUGUGACUGAACAUCUAGUUGGAGUUGAUGAUCGAGUGCAUUCUAUAAUCAGAAUGUUGGAUGUGGAAUAUGAUGGUGUCCAAUUUCUUGGAAUCCAUGGAAUAGGUGGGAUUGGCAAAACGACACUUGCCAAGGUUGUCUACAACCAACUGUCUUCUCAUUUUGAAGGUUGCAAUUUCCUUUCGGAUAUCCGAGAGUCAUCCCAACGCCGGGGUCUGGUAUAUUUGCAAAAACAUUUGUUAUCCAAGUUCUUGGAUUCUAGAUCUGUCGACCAAAUUCAUGAUGUUGAUGAUGGUAUCAACAUGAUUAAGAGAGUACUUUGCAAAAGAAAAGUGCUCAUUGUUCUUGACGAUGUGGAUGACAAAGAGCAACUCAAAAGUCUAGCAGAAAAAGGUAAUUGGUUUGGCUCUGGUAGUAGGAUAAUCGUAACUACUAGGAAUAGAAGUGUCCUAAUGGCCGAGGGAGAAGUAAUAGGCGAAGUCCUUGCAAAAAAGCCUACAAAAAUUUCAACUUACGAAGUACAAGAAAUGGAAUUUGAGCAUGCUCUUAUGCUUUUCAGUAGGCAUGCCUUUAGAAGAGACUCUCCACCAUAUCAUUAUGCUUCCCUUUCGGAAAAUGUUGUCUCCACUUUGGGAAAGCUUCCUUUAGCAUUGGAGGUUACGGGUUCAUUCCUUUCUGGUAAAUCCGAAGCAUUAUGGGUAGACACAUGCAAGAAGCUACAAAAAGCUCCUCCCAUGGAAGUCCAAAGAACAUUGAUGAUAACUUAUGAAAGAUUAGAUGAUGCACAAAAGCAAGUAUUUUUGGAUAUAGCUUGUUUUUUUGUUAAUAAGGAUAGAACAUACCCCUUCUACAUGUGGGAUGAAUGUGGAUACUACCCACACAAUGCCAUUGAAGCCCUCUUUCUCAUGUCCUUGAUUAAAAUCAAAGAUGACAACACUUUUUGGAUGCAUGACCAAGUGCGCGAUCUCGGAAGGGAAAUUGUCCAUCAAGAGAAUUCCAAAAAUCCUUGCAAGCGUAGCAGAGUGUGGAAUCACGAGGAAGCCUUGAACAUUCUGAAGCGAAAAGAGCGCUUCAAAUUGUUUGCCUUUAAUCUUCACAUGUGGACUUCUUGGUGUUUUCAUUGUCGGGGAAGUAGGAAAAUAGAAGCCCUGUCACUAGGAUAUCGUGGAGACGUUGUAACGCAAGAUGAAGUUGCUAAUUUACGAAACCUGAGGUUCUUUGAAGGGAAUGGGGUCUUCCUUGCUGGAGACUUUAAUAAUCUUCUCUCUCGUUUAACAUGGCUUUCUUGGCGAUGUUGCCCUUACGAGUUUGUGGCGACGAACUUUCAUCUUCCUAAUCUAGUCAUUCUUGACGUUUCAUGCAGUGAUAUUUCAGAGAAAUGGAUUGGUUGGAACCAUAUUAGGGCGGCAAGCAAACUUAAAGUACUAGAUCUCAGCUAUUGUAACUACUUAAUGAGAACACCUGAUUUAUCUAUGUUGGUGUCCUUGGAGAGAUUGAUUCUUGAAGGCUGUUGCAACUUAGUUGAAAUUGAUGCAUCCAUCGGUAAAUUAGAGCAUCUAACUACUUUGAACUUGAAGGGAUGUGACUCUCUUGAAAAGUUGCCUGAAGAAAUAGGAUGUCUACAAGCUGUGAUAGAGAUUGUCAUGCCUAAUACGCUACGUAGACUUCCAGAGACGUUUGGUAAUUUGCGGUCAUUGUUGACCUUUGAUGUGUCACAUAGUCGGAUUAGCAAAUUGCCAUGCUCGAUUGGAGGGUUGGUGAAACUUAGGCUGUUGAAUUUAUCUGAGUGUACAAAGAUAAAAGAACUUCCAGAUUCGGUUGGGGAAUUGCAAUCAUUAGUGGAGUUGGAUUUGUCAUCGACAAGUUUGGAUCACCUACCUGAUUCAAUCGGCAAUUUAAAGCAACUGAAAGUACUUAUGAUAAACCGCAUAAGGGGGAUAACAAGAUUACCAAGUGCAAUCGGGCUGAUGGAGAUACUUGAAGAGUUGGACGCUAGUGGAUGUGGCAACUUGACCGGCGAAAUCCCCGAAGAAAUUGGGAGCCUGUCUUGUUUGAGAAUCCUGGACUUGUCAAGCACUAAAAUAUCCGGAUUGCCUAAUUCAAUUGGCAAACUAAAGCAACUGAAAGUACUUAGAAUAAACAACCUAGUUGGGAUAACAAGAUUACCAAGUGCAAUCUGGCUGAUGGAGAAGCUUGAGGAGUUGCAUGCUAGUAGAUGUUACUUCAUGAGAGAUUGCAGGUCCAUGGAAAGGAUGUCAAGACUUAUGGAAAUUGAGAAAGCUAAGGAAGCUCAGAGUAGGAGAAUGUCCAAAGCUAAGGAGCGUGGAAGGUCUACUGGGAAUCUUCACAGAAGUGGUGGAUUCACGAUUGCAGGCGGUUGCCCAACCGUAACAGUUAUUGAAGAUGUCGUGAUAACAGAUAUUCGGUGUUUCCUGGACUCGACCACGCUGCGUAUUUUUGAGCUGGUUACACUGAAUCCCACACCGACGAAAGUCCGGCAAGUGGCAAUUGAAUUCGGAUGGUCUGAAGAAGGUUUUCCCAUGACAAACAGUGGUAUCAAGUACGACCCAUGA